AUGUGCAAUGAUAUCGAGUUUUACAGAGAUAAUGUUUCUCAAAGAAAUAUUAGAGAUGAUAUCGAGCUUUACAAAGAUAAAAUGAAUAAAAAACUAAUUAAUAAAGUAAAGGAAUCAAACAAUAUUAAUCAAAUCAAGUUCUGGAUAGUAAAUGAUUGUCUAUCCAUGGUCGUUUCUGAGAAACCUGAAAUAACUGAUCGAAAUAAAGAAUUUUGGAGUUUGACAGAGAAAUUGUUAUUCAUUACUAGUUUUUUUUGUCAUUACCCGGAUGACAAUUCGGCGGAAAUUGUGAUUGAGUUACAUAACAGAUUGAAAAACAUGCCAAAAUCUCCACGUGAAGGCGAAGAGUUAAAUUUACCUGGUUUACAAGACCUAAUCUUGGAAAAGUAUGUUGAUUAUGCCGGAUGCACUGCGAAGUCAAAGUGCAUAUUACAGUCGGCUGAUAACAGAGGUCAUAAACCAUAUCAUAUUUUUAUGACCUUGAUAUAA